AUGUUUGAGAGUGUUGGUCAUAAAGAGUGUGCCUAAGUCUCUUACCUCAGGUGGUGGCGUUGUUUGUUUCCCUUCUUCCAUAGUCAACGCCAGGAAGAUCACUUGAGUUUUGAUCUUGGUAGCAUUUCAUCGAGAGUGCGUUUGAGUGAAAUAUUUCUCGAAUACGAUUUUAAGACGAGGAAUUAUAUAUAAAGUACGAUGUCAGCUGAAUCAGGCGGCACAAGUCCUCCUUCCUUUCGAGAAAGCAUAAUGCGUCUUUUAGAGAGUUGCAAAGAUUCUAUGGACGUUCUUGGUAAAGAAUUAGGAAUAGAUACAACACAGUGCAAGGCAGUCUGUGAGGUUGUUGCCACUUUUGAAGUCAGAGAUGGCCAAGAACUCUCAUUAGAUAAAUGGAGGUCCAUAUUUCAGAGCCUUGGAUGUUUGGAAGUAUUUGAAAAUCUUUCGGCACAAGAUUCAUUGCAUGUUGUCAAUAGUUUGGAUAAUUGUCCUCCAAACAAUGUCAGUAGCAAGGCUGAAGAGAGUCUUCUGAAGAAAUCAGAAGAAUUGAGACAACAGAAUAUCAAUCCAGCCGAUGGGCAUUCACUUUCAACUCUUCCUGAAAGUGAAUUGCCAUCCAAGCCAGGAGAUGAUGUAAUGGUCACUUGGAAGACAAGCACUGCCCCAGGUGUUUGCCCAGGAAUGAGUUUUUCACCUCCUCUGGAAGAUAAACCAAGUACUGAUGUUUUGAAGAGUACUAGCAAGGCAGUAAAAAGUGAUGUGGUUACAGGGCAUCAGUUCCGUCCAAAUAACCCAAAAACUGUUCAAGCCAAUGUUGUCUUUCGAGAUGGGCAGAAGAUCUUGGAAAGCAGCAGUCUGUUAUGUGGUGGGUUUUCACCACCUUUACCUGAGGCGAGUAGCUUAGCAACUGCAAGCCAAUUUGAUCUUAGUCUAAACUCUGAUGGUAAAGGUACAAGACCUGGAAUGGUUUCUCCUGAUUUAGCAAAUUCCCAGUCACCACGUGAAGAAAAUCAGGGAUUACAACCAAGCAACCAUAUGGUUGAUCAAGAAAAUGCUGAGGACCAUGAUGGGCAGACCUUGCAAUUGUCACCAGGCAUCAAUGGAAGUAUUUUACCAGUUGCUGCAAUGCAGGACUCUGUAAACCAACUCCAGCAGGCCACUCCAUCUGGAAAAUAUGGCAUGGAUGAAACAGAAGACAGCAAUUCAUCAUCACAGAGUGACACAGAAGUUAGUUUGUCUUCAGGCGACUCAACCACACCAUCACGGCCAGUUACUCCUGAAGCAGUAAACUCCCCUCAGCUCGGUCAAUUACAUCAAAAAAAUAUAAUAGCUGGUGAAGCAAUUGUUGCGAAUCAUGACAGGCUAGUUUUGCCUUAUGACCCUCAAUUUUCAGUAGCUUCCAAUGCUAUUAGAUUACCAGCUGUACCUUCAAGGUCUGUAGUGCAGGAUCGUGUGGGCCAAUACACAUAUGACCAAGAUGAAGCAGAAGGUAACAGUUCAUCAGUGCAGAGUGACCCAAAUGGGAGUUUGUCUUCAGAUGACUCAAGGACACAAUCAAGAACAUUUUCUCUCCAAGCAGCAAAUUCCCCACAACUUUACCAAUUGCAUUCAAACAACCUAAUGACUGUUGAAGCAAAUACAGGUGUAAAUCAUGGUGAACCAGGCUGGGGAAUGCCAGUUGAUUCUCAACAGUCAUCAGCUGUGCAUACAGGGUCUGCCAUGCAGGAUCCUGCAGGCCAAAUGCACCAGGGUAUGGCUUGGGAUGUAUACAACACAGAUGAAGAGGAAAACAGCAGUUCAUUGUCACAGUGUGACACAGAUGCAAGUUUGUCUUCCCAUGACUCAUCUGCAGGGGCACAACCAGUUGUGCCUCAAGCAGCAAAUUCUCUAUCACCACUGGUUACAGAUCAUCACUUAGAUGCAAACAAUCCAGUGGCUGAUCAAGCAGAUGCCCCAGGUCAAGCAUUUGGUAAUCAACCAUCAGAAAAUGAUGAUGAAACUCAGUACAUGAAUAUUCAACAGGUUUACCCUUUACAGUUUGAAGACAUUGCACACCUGAUUCAGAAACUACGGAAGAAGUCUACAAAACUUGAGGCAUGCAAGCAAGACCUACAGCAUAGUAGACAGCAGUGUGCUCAGCUUCAGGAAACCAUUGAUGAGUUGAAAAGAUUUUUGGAUGACAGCAACUAUCUGCAACAAGAAAAUCAGCGUCUAAUAAGGAUGACUGAAGAGAUGUGUGAACUGAAAGAUCAGAAGAUUCAGCAACUCAGUGAGCUGUGUGAACAGAAAGACCAGGAUGUUGAAACACUCUCAGCGCAAAAUGAAAGUCUUAGAGGGGAGUAUAUUCAGGUGCUUCAUGAAUUGGACCGGAGAAAUAACAGUUUUCAGCAGCAAAUGGAGAGUAUAAUGAGGGAACGUCAAGAACUUUCUGAACAACUGCGACAUUCCUUCCAGGUGGUCAAACAGUCACAACGUGAACUUAACGCGGAACGUGAGAGUUUGUGGCUUGGCAAUGAGAGGUUGUUAGAUCAGAGGAUGACAGAUGAAGUGAAAAUACUGCAACAGGAACUUGACGGAGAAAAACGUAAAAGGACAGAAGCCGAGAAGCGCAGCAGAUGUCUGUUUGAGGAAAAUUGCCAGCUGAAUGCAAUGGUGAAAGAAUUGAUGUCAAGGCCAGCCGAACUUGCAGAGGUUUCUUGUAAUGCCCUAUCUCCUGAUACAGUGCAGGAGAAUCUUGUAUCAAGCAGCAAUGACUCGACUGUUGGAGAAGCUGAUGAGGAGAGUGAUGAAGACGAAGAGGUUUUCGAGGAUGCGCUGGAUCAUUUUUGAAGGGUGCAGAUCUGUAGAGAAAGUUUUAAAACCCUCGCUCCUUCUAAGACAGUUUGAUGUCAAAAUUUUAUUAUGUAUAUAUAUAUGUUAGCUGUAUUUUAAAUUGUACUUGAAAUCAGAUGACAUAGCUUCUCCCAUUUGUGACGUCAUGUGCUGUAAAAAGUUGCCAAAGGUAGCUGAGUAUUAGCGGAAUUAUUACGAGCAACUUCUUGUAAAUACGCGCGCUUUUUAAAAUUGUCUUGCGAAUAUUUUUCACCUUUCCUUUCCAGAAGUGAUUAACAUGUUACUUCUCCCUAGACUAUUCAUACAUUAUCCAUCAAAUAGGUAAUGAGAAUACUCAAACUUAUCAGGUAGAAAUUGUUGUCUUGAUCUAACACCAAAUUCUCGUAACCAAUUUACAGGGAAAGAUAUAGCAGCUAGAGGGGAGAAUUAACUAUCAGAUCUUGGGAGUUAAAGGGUUUAACUCGCUGUCAAAAGAUGGUGGAUGUCUAUUCUAGGUGUUAUGUCGAAUAAUUGGUAGUCAACGAUUACUUUUUCUUAUGAAACAGUUGGCCUUCUUGUAUGUAAAGCUAUGACGAAGGAAAAAGAUAUUAGUUUAUACGCGCUUUAGGGUGCAAAGAAAAUGUCUUCAUUUGUGUUUUACGAAAGGUCUUAAAAGGAUUUGUGAAAUGUAUUUCUUGUAGCAAUCCCUCGGUCGCUAUCAUUUUCGAUUGGAAUAUGUACAUAUAUUGUUCAUGAUGAUUUAUACUUCCCACUAGAUUGUAUAUUAUUUAUAUUAGUAUUUAUAUGCCGAGGUUUUUUAUAUGACUGUACCUUUCAGAAGAGAGAGUCUUUCGAAACACUUUUGUAGACUUUCGUAAAAAAUAUUCAAUGAAUUCAAUUGAUCGUGAUGAGUUCACGACUAAACUCUCAAAGAGUGGACGAUUUACAUUAGAUGCAAAAUUUUAUCGAAAACCUGAGAUUUUCAGUGUAUGGUUUAGACUUAUCCUGGCCAUGAAACAGAGGUGGUUAGACGGAAAAAAUUCUUAAAUAUCGAAUAUUGAAAUUUAUUUCAACUGGUUUAUUGGUAGUGAAAAAAUAAUGAAUAAUGAAUGUUACAAUUAUUUACUUUUUAUUCACCAGUAAUGGUUAAAAUAUUGAGUGUUAUUAAUUAAUUCUAUAUUUUAAUGAGAGGUACAAUUAAUGAUGUUUGCAAGUAUUUUUUUAAAGUAAUAUAUUUAAAAUAUGCAGUCGUGUUGUGUUCGUAGAACAAAUAGGUUGUCAAUAUUUUAGUCAAUAAAUGAAUGUUAUCAAGAAGAAAUCGCUUACAAGAAUUGUCUCGAUGUCUGGUUGACCGGCAUUGGAAAAGCCACGAACUGCUGAGGGCCUCCUAGUAAGGUCUUUCUGAAAACAUUGAGAAUCGAUGAACAGUCCCUAAACAUCGAUUCCUAUUUUUUUCAUUGUGCCAUAACACUCCCUUCGAUGAAUGUAUUCAAGGAAAAAUUGUUAAAUCGCCUUAUUUUACAGGACAAAUUAUUUAAAAGACUGUGCGGAUAUUACCCAAUUAAAUAUGCGAAUAUUUGUGU